AUGAUCUACCACAGGAAACAGACUGGAACUGGAGGCCAGAAAGCGGUGGAUGAUGUGGACGAAUUUGAGGAUGAAGAAGUCUUCCUCAACCUGGAUGAUGUGCUGCAAGAGGGAGCUGGCAUUGACAUGGAGGAAGGGAAUGCUGCACCACGGGAACUGCCAACAAAGCCUCCAGCAGUGAUUCUGGCAUUGGAGGACUCAGGUCGUGGGGACAAUGAUGGCGAAGGUGGCUCCUACAGGAUCGCCACCUGCAGCGUGCACAAGUCUGGGGCGCUGCUGCUUGAGGCCCGCGAUGGGGAUCACAUGGACGAGCAGAUGCGGCUGUGCGAUGCUGUGGGACCGUCCAACUCACAGCACCUGCUAGGAGAGGACUGGGACAGCCAUGGCAGGGAGGACAUGGCAGGCCCCUUGCAUGCUGAGGGGAUGCCGAUGGAGCAGGACCACUAUGACGCUGGGGAUGGCUUUGGUGCGGACGACGACGAUGACGGUGGCGCCGUACAGCACUAUGAGCCGCCAGAGGCCUCGCAGACUGCUGGAGGGGAACAGACCUGGACAGAAGGAGUUGAGGAGGGUCAGGUGAGGCAUGCGCGCGAGAGGGCGCAGCCGGCACAGCGGGAGCUCUUCGACCCCUAUGCGCCGCUGGACCCCCACGACGCCGGCUGCCUGCCACAGAAGCCCUUCAGGAAGAUGAAGCCGCGCAGCCGACGGCGCACGCCAAAGGCGCCGGUGCAGGAGCCCGAAGCGUUCGCGGCGCCACGGCCGGCUGGCCCGUCCGCACUGGCCUUCCCGGAGUUCGAGUACGUGCUGCGGGCGCGGGCGGCGAUGGAGCAGGCGCAGCUGAGAGGGGACAGGGACCAUAGAAGGGAACGCCUCUGGAGGGACGCGCAGGACGGCGCUGAGGAACAGCAGCUGAGCGCCUUUUUGGCGGACGACGGCGACCAGCCAUACCCGGAGGAUGCAGACAAUGACGGGGGGGUCCAAGACUUCAAUGACGAUGACAACUUUGGAGAGGGAGCGCCGUUUGACGACGAUGACGGUGGGGACAUGGAUGUCGAUGCCUUGGCAGAGGCUGCCGCUGAGGGCGCCUAUACAGGCGUGCACGGAGCUUGGCAGCCCACAGACCAGGGUGAGGAGCCCAGCUACGAGGAUCUGUGCCGAGCACACAUAGAGGCGCUGAUGGCGUCGGCUGCGGCGGCGGAGGUGCAGACGGGGCUGGCGGCGCGCGUCGCCACCUGGCGCGACAAGCUGGCGCCUGUUCUGGCCGAGCAGGACGCGCGCGGCGACUUUGACAUCCACCAGUAUGGAGAGGUCAUCAUGGAGGACCUGGCGAAGAUGAGCCUGUCAGACCCGUCCAACUUGGAGGAGCUCAGGCUUGGGAAGGUUGGGCCGGUCACCUUUGAGAGCGUGGCCAAGAAGGAGCACAAGUGGCAGGUGUCGCGCCUGUUCUCUGCCUUGUUGCAGCUGGCAAACAAUGGCAACCUGGUCAUUAUGAGGGGGAGCAGCCCCAGUGAGCCCUUUGACCUGCAGCUGGCCUCCCUCGACCGCCCCCAUGAACAGUUUGAGGAGUACCGGGCCCCCUCCUUCCUGCAGAACAAGGACCAAAAUGUUCCUAAGGAGAGCGAGGCACCGCCGGCCGCCAAGCAGGCGCGCAACAAAGUGCAAGCAGCAAGCCCCGGGGCGGGCGCUGCUCGGAAGGCUACAGCAGCUCAAAAGGGCCCGAAGCGGAGAAAAGGGCGCAAGUGA